AUGGAGAAGACGGGCAGGUCGGACUCGGACACGGACCGACAGAGCAAAGAAGAGAAGCAAGUCGUCAGGAGACUAUGGCAGCAGGUUGAUCUCAAAUUGGCCUACCUGCCAAUGCUAGCGUGUUGCUUCGUGUCAGGCCUGACCGACGGCACCAUAUACAACGGUCAGUCCAAACUUGGCACCGUGCCCGGUCGCAGUAGAGUGCAUCGGGCUAACGUGGGCCGUGUUUCUUUCUUUUCUGACAGCGUACGGAACAUUCGUGUCAAUGCAAACGGGUCGCUCUGUUCCAUUGCCUUUUUCAUCGUCGGCUCGUUUGCCUUUUCUCGCUUUGCGCUCUACCUGGGCGGAAGACGGCGGGGGAUCUUGAUGCUCUCGUUUCUCAUCCAAGCGACCCUGGUCAUGGCCGCGGCCUCUAUUGUGCAGGGCGGUGUCAUAGACGGCUCCUACCCGUCUAAGCGGCUGCCUACGGACGUUGACUUCAAGGAGCUCAUCAUCAUUGCCUUGCUGAGUUUCCAGGCAGCCGGUCAGAUUGUCAGCAGUCGCACGCUCAAGGUGGGAGAGAUUCCCACCGUUGUAGUCACCAGCAUGCUGUGCGAUCUCAUGUCUGAUGCCGCCCUGUUUUCCCUGGCCAAGAAUGACAAGCGCAACCGCCGGUUCAUCGCAUUUGUCCUGACCCUGGUGGGAGCCAUCUGCGGCGGCUGGAUCUCCAAGGCUGCCGGCGCAGUUGGCCCCUCGCUGUGGACGGUAGCGGGAAUAAAGCUCUUGGUUGCUAGUAGCUGCCUAAUGUGGAAGGCCGAGCCCGAUUCCGUGGUGUGA